UGGACGCUCAUUCAGCAGAGAACUGACGGCUGGUUGUCUUUUGAUAAAAACUGGCAGCCUUAUAGGGAUGGCUUCGGCGAUUCCUUCAACUAUUGGAUGGGUUUGGAAGCCAUAUAUCAACUCACAAAGGGUCAAAACUAUCGUCUGCAGAUUCAAGUUCUCGAUUUUUUUGGAAAUCUUUUCAUAGAUAUUUAUGAAACAUUCUAUUUGGGACCAGAGUCUUCUAACUACCCUCUGUUUGCAUCUGGAUGGAUUGGUUACAGUGGUGACGUCUUCAACGACCCUGCCGACCCUUGGAGAAGCACAGGCGAUGGCAUCCCGUUUUCAACCAGGGAUCGUGACAACGACAACAGUUGGCUAUUUUGUUCAUACUUGAUAAACGGUGGUUGGUGGUACAAUGACUGCACGAAAAUCAAUUUGAACGGCGUCUACUUGAUAGAACCCAGUUUUAGAUAUUACUUUUAUUUUCCACCUUAUUACAUUCUACCCUUCAAAUGUCGAAUGCUUAUCCAACAAAGAUAG